AUGGAACAACCCAGAUCUCUGAGUAAGUAUCUCAUCAUGAACGAUCUGGAAAAACGGCCCGAAGUUGUCCAGCAACAAGUCCAAGAGUCUCGUGGGGGCUGGUUGCAACGCAAAAUCAACACCUUCAAACCAGCUACCAAAACCGACGGAGCAGCCCCGUUGAAACACCAGCUUGGCUCGUUCCAGAUGCAGAUGAUCUCGCUUGGCGGCUCUAUUGGAACAGGCCUAUUUCUGGGCUCGGCCCAGUCGCUGAAAGAUGGCGGUGCCGGCGGUGUACUGAUCUGCUACUCGGUCAUCUCCAUCAUGGUUUUUUGCAUGGUCCACUCGCUGGCCGAGCUCGCAUGCAACUUUCCUGUUCCCGGAGCGUUCUCGUACUACGCCACGACGUUCAUCGACCCGAGCUGGGGCUUUGCCAUCAGCUGGAACUACGUGAUGCAGUGGCUGGUGCUGCUGCCAUUGGAGCUGAGCGCAGCCUCCAUCACGUUCAAGUUCUGGGACGGGUUCCCGAUCGGCGACGGGUACCUGAUCACGGCGUUCUUUCUGAUGAUGAUCCUAAUCAACAUGCUGCCCGUCAAGAUCUACGGGUUCGCGGAAGUGGUUUUCUCUGUCACCAAGAUCAUUGCCAUUCUGGGCUUUUUGGUGACCGGGCUGGUGAUUCUGUUUGGUGGAGUCCCAAACCACGACGCGAUCCUGGGCAGGUACUGGCACGAUCCAGGCCCGUUCACACCGUCUGGGUUCAAAGGCAUUGUGGCCGUGUUUGUCACUGCUGCGUUUAGUUUCAGCGGAACAGAACUCUGUGGCUUGUGUGCCGCAGAAACUCCAAACCCUGUCAAGUCCAUCCCCAAGGCGUCCAAACAGGUGUUCUGGCGGAUCCUGUUCUUCUACAUCAGCUCGCUCACACUGGUCGGGUUCCUUGUGCCGUAUAACGAGCCACGGCUCAUGGGCCGCGACGAGUCCGGUGCAAAUAGCUCGCCGUUUGUGAUUGCCAUUCGCAACGCAGGAAUCCCCGUGCUACCAUCCAUCAUGAACGUGGCCAUUUUGAUUUCGAUCCUGUCUGUGGGCAACUCGGCGAUCUACGCCACGUCCAGAACGCUCGUGUCACUUGCCCAGGCCGGCAUGGCCCCGAAAAGCUUUGGCUACAUCGACCAGGGCGGCCGGCCAAUGGUGGCUAUUCUGGUGACUCUUGCGUUCGGGUGUCUCAGCUACCUGUCGCUCGUGGGAAACGGGGCCCAGAUCCUGUUUUCAUGGCUCCUGUCGCUUUCUGGUCUCUCGUCGCUACUCACAUGGUGCUCCAUCGGUCUGUCGCUGAUCCGGUUCAGAGCAGGCAUUGCUGCACAGGGCCAAACCACCAAGGAUUUGAACUACGUGUCCACGACCGGUCUCGGGGGCGCGUGGAUCUGCUUCGGGUUCGGCGUUGUGGUGCUGGUGGCCCAGCUGUGGAUCGCGGUGAUGCCCGUCCAGGGCACGUCGUCGGCAGAAAAGUUCUUUAAAGUGUACCUGGGAGCAUUUGUGGUUGCAAUUUUCUUUGCAGCACACAAAGGCUACGUCUACUGGCAAACGGGCCGUGUCCAGUUCGGCAUCAACCCGGCACACAUGGACGUGUUCUCGGGCCGGCUGGAGAUGGAACAGCAGGCGCUCGCAGCGAAAAAAUGGUACAAGUGGUAA